AAUUUCACCUUGUGAAGGUCAAAACAGUGUAGCUGACAUCUAUCACGACCAAUCACAAUCAGCAAACUGUUGGUAGUUGUAUGAUAAGGAUAACCUUUUGCUGCUUGACGAAUUUGAGACUCUUUUUACUAAUAAUUUGUGCUGUUAAAAUACUAGAUAAAAAAUGCCGAUCAAGUCAAUAAAGGCUCGUCAAAUCUUUGAUUCCCGUGGUAAUCCUACUGUUGAAGUGGACUUGGUGACAGAACUGGGUCUCUUCCGUGCAGCUGUGCCUUCUGGAGCUUCUACUGGUGUUCAUGAAGCAUUGGAACUUCGAGACAAUAUUAAGAACCAAUACCAUGGAAAGGGUGUCCUUACAGCUAUUAAAAAUAUCAAUGAAAUCAUUGCACCUGCACUUCUCAAGCAGAAUAUUGAUGUCACUCAGCAAAAUGAGAUUGACCAAUUUAUGAUUAGCUUGGAUGGGACAGAAAAUAAGUCAAAACUUGGUGCUAACGCUAUUCUGGGCGUGUCCUUGGCUGUUGCCAAAGCUGGUGCCGCCAGUAAGGGUGUACCUCUUUAUAAACAUUUGGCUGACUUGUCAGGCAAUAAUAAUAUUGUACUGCCAGUACCAGCUUUUAAUGUCAUCAAUGGUGGAUCACAUGCUGGCAACAAAUUAGCUAUGCAGGAGUUCAUGAUUUUGCCUACAGGAGCCACCAGUUUCAGUGAGGCGAUGCGUAUGGGUUCUGAGGUAUAUCAUUACCUCAAAAAGAUUAUUAAGGAGAAAUUUGGUUUAGAUUCUACAGCUGUCGGUGAUGAAGGUGGCUUUGCACCAAACAUUCUGAACAAUAAGGAUGCUCUGUUCCUAAUUCAGGAUGCUAUUCAACAAGCUGGUUAUACUGGCAAGAUCGAAAUUGGAAUGGAUGUAGCUGCAUCGGAGUUUUACAAAAAUGGUACUUAUGAUCUGGACUUCAAGAAUCCAAAGUCGAAUCCUGCUGACUACUUGCCAUCAGACAAAUUAGCUGACCUUUAUUUGGAGUUUAUUAAGGAGUUCCCAUUGGUAUCCAUUGAGGAUCCUUUCGACCAAGAUGACUGGGCAGCAUGGAGUGGUCUCACAUCUCGUACUCCCAUACAGAUUGUUGGAGAUGAUCUUACUGUUACAAAUCCCAAACGUAUUGCAACUGCUGUUGAGAAGAAGGCGUGUAACUGCUUACUGCUAAAAGUAAACCAGAUUGGCAGUGUCACUGAAUCAAUUCAAGCUCACUUGUUAGCCAAGAAGAAUGGAUGGGGCACUAUGGUAUCUCACAGGUCUGGUGAAACUGAGGAUACUUUCAUUGCCGAUCUGGUGGUAGGCCUAUCAACCGGACAAAUCAAGACUGGCGCGCCUUGCCGUUCGGAGCGUCUCGCCAAGUAUAACCAGAUCCUUCGUAUUGAGGAAGAGCUUGGCGCUGCAGCCAAAUAUGCUGGCAAAAACUUCCGCAGACCUGUCUAAGCUACACAUCACUGGCAUCAUAAUAGAAAUAUCUAAAGAUAUUUAAGUUAGAAUGGCAAACAAAUUAUCUUUUUUUCUUUACAUAGACAUCAAGUGAACCUUUACUGUUCAUCUGCCAUUUGUUUGUCUUUGGUGUAAUAUUGACAAUGUUAAAUCACCAUUUGCACUACCAACUAUUGCAUUUCAUUAUAAACUUAAUAGUAUGUGUAGAAUAACAGUAGAAUUAUAGUUGUUCAUUGAUACAGUGUUACAUCGUGUUAAAUAAGAACAUAAAUUCUUUUUUAUAAUUAUUAUAUUACAAGUAUGUAUUGAAAAUUUGUGGAAUGUAUGUAAUUGUAUAUUUUAAUACUAGUUCUUAAGAAAUAUUUAAAUGAAA